GUCAACGAUCAUCCAAUGUCCCUGCGUCCUGCAAAAUGAUGCUUCAAUGGCUCACGCCAACGAAUUCUCAAGGAUUGGUCGAAGGAGGUCGCGGACUGACGUCCGUGAGGUGAGUCAAGGCACGUGAGACAGGGUCUGGAUGGGUCUUUGAAAAUUCCAUGUUCAAAAACAUGCAGAUUUCCCCUCGCAUUCUUCAGCCUCCCAAGGUCACUGUCGAUACCAGUCGGAGGGGUCUCCUCGGCCUGGCCGCCAUUGCUUAAGGUGGCAAAUUCUUGCUUUGACGGGCUAACCCUCAUAUUUUUCUUUAUUUAUCCGCUCUGCUACCGCGCCACAGAUCCAGCAGACAGGGCUGAUCAGUCCCUAUAACACCAUCUGCUGCACAUACGCCAUCGCAAGUCGUCUCCUAGGCACGUCGAGGCACGAAGACGAGCAAUCGCAGGAGUAUCAGCUCCCAUGAGAAAGUGAUGAUCUCGUUCUGAUACUCAGCUCCAUUGUGUGUUCUGUGCCAAACCAACUUGGCGACUGCACGAUUUGAGCCUUGUCAGUUCGGGGGUUUUUUUAACAGCGUUGUGUGCGCAUACCGGGAACAACACCAGCAUAACCCCCCACCAGUCGAGCCUGUCCCCUUGGUUCACCCUGUCCGUGCAGAAGUAUAAUCACCUUCAGGAGGGGCUGACACCAUGAGUCCUGACUCCAAGACGAAGUUCCGUCAGUCCAUGGACGACCUACCGGAUGAACUGGCGUUGAAGGUCCUUUCGUACGCUGAUCAAGCUACCCUUUACCACUGCAUUCUGACAUCGAAGCGGAUCUAUCGCAUAUCUCUUCCUUUGCUCUACCGCCAAGUUUCCCAUCAUAUGUACUCGGAACCAUCGAAAAUCCAAUCUGCAGUGAGAACACUGAUCAAAAGACCUGAGCUAGCAAGCAAGGUCGAGAUUGUUGCGCUGUGUGACCCUGUCCAGAACGAUAACUUCUGGGACAUCAAGAGCUGGACUGAAUGGGCGAAGGAAAAGUACAACGCGACCCUACACGAGGAUGAUAAAGAACUGUUCGUGUCAGCCGCACGAAAAUACCUUCAUCUGAAUGCGUCCCCAAGCCAUGACGAUGUUUGGACACGCGAGGAGACGCACGCAGCGCUUCUUAUCGCCUUGUCGACGAAUCUCAAGCUGUUGCACUUGGAGAACCCGACGACAAAAGACGAGCAGCCACGAUUUGUUCUCGACCAUCUGGUUCUAUCAAGUUUGUUUCCUAAAAUAAAGGAGCAAGCCAUACUUCAGAAUUUGACCACCUUGCAUGCCGUGACUGCCCGUCUGGAAGGCGGCCAAGGUGGAUUCCGUCUGUCGUCCAUCGCACCGUUCUUUCAUCUACCGAAUCUCCGGCGUGUCGUAGGCAUGGCAUGCUUUGAGCCGGAAGAUGACUUGUACCAAGAUUUCGACUGUCCAGCCGGAACAUCCAAUGUGACCGACUUGAGCUUUAUCCGGUCGUCCAUCUGUCCAAUAGGUCUCUCCCAAAUGCUGAGCGCGUGCAAAGCCGUGGAAAGCUUCGACUGCGACUGGGCGGGACUCAGCGUCGGCUGGGUCGAAAUCAACUUUCCAUUGCUACGCAGCAACCUGGCCAUGCAUAAGGAUACCAUGAAAAGGUUGCGUUUGGACACUCGAAAGCACUAUGACUCCUGGCCCGAGCGUGACGACGGCCUAGUGCCACCUCUGGGGGAAGAACUAAAGACUUUUACUGCUUUGAAAAAACUUGAUGCGCCAGCGUCGGCACUGAUCGGCUGGGACGAAGAUGACGUUGGCGGCUAUCACAGGCUCAGGGACGUCUUGCCACCGAACCUAGAGGAGCUCAAAAUUAACGAGUACGCGCCAAGACUCGUCGAGGAGCUUGAUGAUUUCAUUCCUCACUGUGCGGAACUGUACCCUAAGCUCAAGGUCCUCUGCAUCUCGAGAUCGGAACUCGAGCAUGAAGAGAACGGCGACGCGGAAGAGCGACUCUUGGGGAUAUCAAGGGAUCUGGCGCCAGCACUUAGAGUGCAAUUUGAGGACGGAAGCGAAGUUGAUCACUUCGAAGUCAUGGGGAGCAUUGGUAGCGCGAGCAUAUGAAGAGAACGCUGCGACGUGAAUUGCAUGAGUCAAAGCAAGGACUAUGGUGUAUAUAUGAGAGCGCGCUUGAUUUCGUUACGAGUAGCUUGAAAAUUCUCUAGACCAUCUUCGCGUAUGUCGACGGGCGUGUGGUACAAGGGGAAGAUCACGUGAAUAUCCAUUUCUCUGCUGUCAAAUUGGGUUGUCUGGCACGUCUGCCUUGCGCAGUCGAUCACUUCAUUGCGUCAUUUAUAGUUGCGGCUU